UAUUGCCUGGGCUCCAUGCAGAAACCCUGGAACCAGUUCACCUCUGUGCUUCCUCUGAUGGAACAGGUUGAUCCAGAAAGAGAUACCUCCAGGUGUUAGCAACCAGGGUUCUUGGCCUUUCCCUAAUCAGUUGGUGAGAGACCAGUCAAGGAAUUCAGGCAAGGCUUGGUUGGAGCUCCUGGGGCCACAUGGAAGGAGUGAAAACAAGUAACAUGUUCCCUUGCUUGCUCCCCAAGUUUUCUUUCCAGCAGGGUGGAUGGGGAGCGUCACUGGCUGACAUGCUGGUCAGAAAAUGUGACGUCCUGAAUCGUGGAUUUUCAGGUUACAACACCAGAUGGGCCAAAAUUAUCCUCCCCAGACUCGUCAGGAAGGGGCGCGGGCUGGACAGCCCAGUGGCUGUCACGAUCUUCUUUGGUGCCAAUGACAGUGCGCUCAAAGACGAGAACCCCAAGCAGCACGUGCCCCUGGAGGAGUUCGUGGCGAACCUGAGGAGCAUGGUGCAGUACCUGCGGUCCGUGGACGUGCCCGAGGGCAGGCUCAUCCUCAUCACACCGCCCCCGCUCUGCGAGGCCGCGUGGGCGCAGGAGUGCCUCCAGCAAGGCUGCAAGUUAAAUCGCCUGAACUCCGUUGUUGGUGAAUAUGCCAGGGCCUGUUUACAAGUAGCCCAGGACUGUGGGGCUGACGCACUCGACCUGUGGACCCUGAUGCAGAAGGACAGUCAGGUACAGUGGUGUGCACGGUCCUCUCCCCCGCUGGGAUGGAGUGGACGCGGGGGAGGGGACAUGGAGACGCUCCGGGAGAGCCUGCAGUCGCAGCGCCCCAGCUUGGCCAUGUUCUCCCCCUGCAUUCAGCAGCUGGUAUGCUCUGGGAAGCCCUCUGACAGGAGUUGGCACACAGUGAAACAGAUGAGCAGUAAAUGGUCGAUGGCGUGGGAAAGUACUGCUGCUAGAGAAAGGGGCUGGCGGCUCUCAGCGUGUCACGUCCGAAAAAACUUCCCAGGGGUCUAAAGCUGGGAAGGUCUUCCUUGGCAGUCACCUGCUCAGAGCAAACUAACGCCCAGGAGCGGUGCAGCCUGCGAGUCCUGAGCCAGCUCCCGAUUCUGCUGGGCGGGGUGGGGAGGGGCUCGGCUCAAGCAGAGGAGAAAGGGCUCCCACGGUCAGUGUUCUUGAGAUCGGGGGCCGCGGGGGUCUGGACUCUUGGCUGGACGGUACAGAUUCUUUUUACCUAAUCGUGCACCUGUCAAUAUAAUACCCAGACUAAAGAGUCAGGACAGCUCAGGACCCAGUGUGUCAAGCAGUUUCUCAUGCGUUUCACUUUGUUGAUCACAGUCGAGUGCUGUAUUCACUCAGUGAUUCUCUUCUUCCAUCUGCCGGAAGGACACAUCAGCUCAGGCGCUUUCUGAUGCUGUGAGCGUGGGGCGCUCCGUGUGUCCUCCGCAGAGGACAGGGGGCGUGGGACGAGCUAGGGCAGCUCCAGAGGGCCGCCGGGCAGGCUGGGGACCCGCCGGCAGACCAGCACACGCCUUUAACCGGGUUCUCUCCCCCUCACAGGACUUUUCCUCCUAUUUGUCAGACGGACUACAUUUAUCACC